AUGUCUCCUCAAAUUUGCGUCGCGGGACGCCCCCUUACCCUCACCAAUUUCCCCCCAGAAAUCAUCAAGUGUAUCAUCGACAAAAUCCUGGAUGAAAAUAGGGUCCACAAAGAGGAGAGCUGGGAAUGGGAUUAUUGGCCUGAGCCUGAGCCCGAGCACAACCCUCUUCAGGUAUACGUGGAUGCCCUCAACCUUGCAGCGACCUGUAAGGACAUCCGCAGGCUCGUGACGAAGCAAAUCUAUAUCAGAGAUGCGAGGGACAACCAUUCGGCAGCUUUGCUAGUAUCGGCGAAGCGCAAUGACAUUGCUGGCGUCAUUCGAGCCCUUCAUAUAGGAGCUAACAUCCACUCUGAUGAUGCGACCGAGACAGUCACCUACUAUACUACCGGACCAAACGCUAUCAAGACUGGCCAUAGGGUUCCCUUGCAACUUGACAACCAAGUAACUGCCUUUCACUGGGCCGCUUUCAAUGGACACAAGGAGAUUGUGUCCCUACUCCUCAAUCAUGGGGCCAGCAUUAACCACAGGGUCAGCAUCGAUGCUCGUGAGUGGUUUAUUCGCCAGAGGUUGCCGGCUGUUCAGCUAAACAAGGAUUGUACUGCCCUAGAUUAUUACCCAAUCAGUUACACCAGAAGAGCUGUGGCGGAUAAUGCAUUUUUAGGCUUGAGGUGUUUGGGAUCUCCGCAAGCCGUCGACAACCAAUAUCGAUUCAUGAAGUUAGAGAAAGGUGCAAAUACUCUAUACUUUGCUGUAAAGGGCGGCAACAUUGACAUUGCAGAAUCUCUCAUCAAGGCUGGGGCUGAUUUGAUGACACAUACUGGGACAGGGCUCACUGCUCUGCAUCAGGCAGUGAGCAACGGAGACAUAAGCAUGGCAAAGGGUCUACUUAUGGAGGGGAUUGAUCCGAAUAGUGCUAAUCCCUUUGGGAAAACUCCACUCCACUUCAUAAAAUGCCCCGAAGAGGAGAUGGCACACCCAGCAGUCAAAAUGACCCAGACUCUUGUGGAGCACGGAGCCGACAUCAACAGAUGGGACCUUCUUGGUAACACACCGCUCCUCACUCAUCUGCAAGACUUUGAGCGGAAUGAUUCUGUCAUCGCAGAGUUCAUCCGGCAAGGAGCUCACAUAUACGAGGGCUUUUAUGAUGAUCUCGAAGCGCCUCUCAAUGAACUCAACCAAGAGAUCUAUAGCGCCAUGGCAUAUAUCGGAUUUGUUGGCCCAGGCUGCGAACCGGUUCCUCUGCCGCCUAACCAUGACACCGGAAUGGAAUGGUCUGAGACCCGAGAGGCCAUUUUUUGA